GGCAAGAGCGGCGGCAGCGCGGGGGAGAUGACUUUUCUGGAAGCUUUGUCUAGAUCAGAAUCUAAGAGAGAUGGAGGUUAUAAAAGUAAUUGGAGCUUUGAUCAUGGAGAAGAAAGUGAAGGAGAUACAGAAAAAGAGUGCUUCACUUCUGUCUGGGCAACAGCUCCGUUCAUCAUUACCACUUUAUGUGCCUUCACCUAUGAGAUGUUGAACUGAAGUGAAGUUUUAUUUGAAGGGGAGCUUUGAACUGAGAGAGGCAGAAAGGCAGAGAGUGAAAGGAGCCACGGGACCAAAGCUUCCUUCAGUGCGGUGGGGCCAUGAUCAAACCUGGGUCAUGCACGUGGCAAAGCAGCACACUAUCUAAAUGAGCUAUUUCUCCAGCCCUCAGAAAGUGAGGCAAAUCUGCUCAGUGUAGAUGAAGAUGAGGAUUCUGUAACCCAAAGAGGGAAGAAGUUAAGUCGUCAAUCUGAAAUUGUUGCCACUGGUUCUGGUGCUCUCUGGAAGGCAUGCACAAAACGAAACAAGGCUGACAUUGGAAAACAUUUGAAAGGCAACCCAACCGGACUUAACAUGUUGAGCAAUAAUAAGAAAUUGAGUGAGAAUACACAAAAUGCAUCACUAUGUUCUGGAACUGUAGUUCAUGGUAGACGUUUUCAGCAUGCUAAUGCACAGCCAGUGAAAACACCAGCCCAAAGCAGUGUGGACCAAAAAGAAAGGAAAGAAUACCCACCUCAUUUCCCUAUCCAAAAAAUUGAAAAUAAUCCUAUAAGGUUAAGUCGGCCCCAGGGUGUUGAUCGUAUAAUGAAGAAAAUAGAAGAGUCUGAACCACAUGUAGAAUCUGAAAUUAAAAGGAAAGUACCUCAGAAACGUCCCAGUAACUUAUAUCCAUGCACUCCUCCUUCUCUGUCUCCUGCUUCAAAAAAAUAUUUAACCAGUUUAGAGGAUUUGCAAAGAAACUGUAGACAAGGUAUAACUUUGGAUGACUCUUCUGGACCCCUGUUAAGAACAUCAAUUCAUCAGAAUUCUGGAGGACUAAAGUCACUGACCUUAGGAGUGCCAUCCAAGAAGUUUUAUGGCAACAGUGUGGGAAAGAUUCCACUUGACAUUAUUACAAGUCAUGAAGAUGGUAGGCAGACUUAUUCACAGCCUAAUGGGAAAGUCAUUUUACCUAGGACAAAAGUAGCCAAAGCCACAAGUUCAAAAGAAAGGAAAACAAGCCUGUCAGACCUUAAUGAUCCAAUCAUUUUAUCCAGUGAUGAUGAGGAGGAGGAAGACAGUGACCAGACCAGCAGAAGAGAAAGCGUCUCUCCUCAACCUGCUGACUCAGCGUGUUCUUCCCCAGCACCAUCCACUGGGAAAGUCGAAGCAGCACUAAAUGAAAAUAUCUGUAGAGUAGAGCAUGAAUUGAGAAGCAUUCCAGCAGAUUCUGAGUUGAAUACAGUUACGUUGCCAAGAAAAGCAAGAAUGAAAGACCAGUUUGGUAAUUCUAUUAUUAGCACACCUCUAAAACGUCGCAAAGUUACUCCUCAAGAAACUUUAAUUGAUCCUCUGUCUUUAAGCUGCCAAAGUUCCAUUGACAGUGUCAUUUUAAACUGUCGAAGUAUAAGAGUAGGAACGCUCUUUCGGCUACUAAUAGAACCUGUGAUUUUUUCUUCAGAAUAUAUCAGGAUACGACUAGAAGAUCCAGAAAAAGAUCCCGUAGGGAUUACUUUAAAUACCUCUGAUCUCACUAAAUGUGAAUGGUGUAAUGUCCGAAAAUUACCAGUAGUGUUUCUUCAGACGAUACCAGCAGUUUAUCAAAAGCUGAGCAUGAAAUUGCAGAUGAAUAUGGAGGAUAAAGUCUGGAAGAAUUGUAAAGGAAUAAAUAAACCAACAAAUUCAGAAGAACAAUAUAUAAUUCUAAUUUUUCAAAAUGGCCUUGAUCCUCAGAUGAAUGUGAUAUUUGAAAAUAUCAUUAAUGACAUUGGUAUAAAGAACAAUGUGUCUAAUUUUUUUGAGAAAAUUCCCUUUGAAGAAGCCAAUAGCCGGCUUGUUGCCUGUACAAGAAAUUAUGAAGAGAGUAUGAAAGGAAGUUGUGUCCAGAAAGAAAACAAAAUUAAAAAUGUGUCCCUUGAUUCUAAAAUUCAGUUUAAAAGCAAACAAGAAUUUCAGUUUUUUGACGAUGAGGAAGAAACUGGAGAGAACCACACUAUCUUCAUUGGCCCAGUGGAAAAAUUAAUAGUAUAUCCACCACCUCCAGCCAAGGGAGGCAUCUCUGUUACUAAUGAGGAUCUGCAUUGUCUAAAUGAGGGAGAAUUUUUAAAUGAUGUUAUUAUAGACUUUUAUUUGAAAUACUUGGUGCUUGAAAAACUGAAGAAAGAAGAUGCUGACCGAAUUCAUAUAUUCAGUUCUUUUUUCUACAAACGCCUUAAUCAAAGAGAGAGGAGGAAUCUUCAUGAAACAACUAAUCUAUCAAUACAACAAAAGCGACAUGGGAGAGUAAAAACGUGGACUCGACAUGUAGAUAUUUUUGAGAAGGAUUUUAUUUUUGUACCCCUUAAUGAAGCUGCACACUGGUUUUUGGCUGUUGUUUGUUUUCCUGGUUUGGAAAAACCAAAGUAUGAACCUAAUCCUCAUUACCAUGAAAAUACAGUCAUGCAAAAAUGUUCAACCGUAGAGGACAGUUCUAUUUCUUCUCCUUCAGCCAGUGAAAUGGACAGUUGUUCACAAAACUCUUCUGCCAAGCCUGUAAUUAAGAAGAUGCUGAACAGAAAGCAUUGCAUAGCUGUAAGUGAUUCAAGUGCUGAACAGGAAGAAAGUGACACUCGUUUUCGAAAAAGCAUAUGCAGUGUGAAAUGUAGUCUGAAAAAAGUAAAUCAUACCACAGGAGAAAACGAAGGCUCAAAUAAAGGAGAAUCUGCAUGCCACAAAGUUGUUGAUAGUACAAAAAUUGAGAAUGGCCUACAGAAUGAAUAUUUAAGCCCUAUGCAUCAUACAGAUGGGUUAAGCAAAAUCAGAUUAAACUAUAGCGAUGAGUCAGCUGAAGGUAGUAAAACCCCUGAAGAUGAGCUCAUCGACUUCUCAGAAGAUCAGGAUAACCAGGAUGAUAGCAGCGAUGAUGGAUUCCUAGGUGAUGACAACUGCAAUUCAGAAAUAGGACAAUGGCAUUUAAAGCCUAAUAUCUGUAAACAACCUUGUAUCCUACUGAUGGACUCACUUAGAGGUCCUUCUCGGUCAAAUGUUGUAAAAAUUUUAAGAGAGUAUCUAGAGGUGGAAUGGGAAGUUAAAAAAGGAAGCAAAAGAAGUUUUUCCAAAGAUGUAAUGAAAGGCUCUAAUCCAAAAGUACCCCAGCAAAACAACUUCAGUGAUUGUGGUGUAUAUGUAUUGCAGUAUGUAGAAAGCUUUUUUGAGAAUCCAAUUCUCAACUUUGAACUGCCCAUGAAUUUGGCAAAUUGGUUUCCCCCUCCAAGAAUGAGAACAAAAAGAGAAGAAAUCCGAAAUAUAAUUCUGAAACUGCAAGAAGAUCAGAGCAAAGAGAAAAAAAAGCAAAAGGACACUUCCUCAACAGAAACACCUUUGAGGGAAGGAGCAGAGCAACAUGUCAGUAGUGUCUCAAAUUGACCAUUUCUGAUGCUUGUCAGUAUUGCCUUUAGAAACUUUCAGUUUUGAGGAUUGGCAGUAAAGAACUGAAGUGCUCACUAUCAGAGUGACUUAGAAAUGUUAAUGCUUGUACAAAUGUCAUAUAAUUAAUUUUCAAUGGAGUAUGUAUUAAGUCUGUAAAUAUGUUAAUGAGGCCAAUUUUUUCAGCAUUUAUAAUUAUUUUUUUCACUUGUUAGGAAGCUUUUGUUAUGUAUUUUCUGUUAAUAGUACUUUAAACUGCAACUUCUAAAAUGCAAAAUAAAUUUUAAAAAUAUUUAUAGGA